ACAUUAAUCUCUCCUCCUUCAAUAUCUGCUCCACUCUCCGGCCUCUCUCCAUCUUUUAUAUCUCAUUAUAAGCUAGCUAGCUAGCCCCUGAUCUUGAUCAUCUUACUUGACAGCUAAAUUUUUGUACCCCUAUUCUUCUUGAUCUAAUAUUAUUGCAAGGUUGACAUUGGUGUUUAUCCUUUAGAGAUAACAAUGGAGGAAGUAAUGGCGGCUAUGUGGACGACAGAUAGGUUGGAAGACGAGCUGGUUAGAGAGCUUUUAGACAAUCAGUCUCCUUUCUUUGUGCUACCUGCAGAGAAGAUCAGUAGUGGUACGGAACCUAACACUGGCAGUACUACUCAUGAUCCUUAUCUUCAGCACGAAGAGGCUGUUAACAGGCUCAUGAUCUCCAAUGUCUAUUCCGGGCCAACAAUUGAAGAUAUUGAGAAUGUAUUGUCAUUGACCACCUCGGAUGAUCAGCCCCACCAAGAACUUUCAUCACAAGCCAGAAUAUCUUUGUUGGAAAGAGGUAUAAACAAGGUUGAGCACAAGUACACUCUGAGAAUCAAGAAUCACGGCAAUGCGAUAGCUGAUGACGGAUAUAAAUGGAGGAAAUACGGACAGAAAGCCAUUAAGAAUAGUCCUAAUCCUAGAAGCUACUAUAGGUGUACAAAUCCAAGAUGCAGUGCAAAGAAGCAGGUAGAGAGGUCCUUGGAGGACCCAGAGACACUCAUCAUCACCUACGAAGGACUCCAUUUACACUUUGCUUUCCCAUACUUCUUGAAUGGCCAAAACCAAGCUCCCAGUAGUAGUACUCCAUUAACAAUGAAGAAGUCCAAGAAGACAACCUCAAAAGCACAAGACCAAGAAACCCAACAACCUCAGGAAGCACAAGCUGAUCACCUGCAUCAUCAUCAUCUAGAUCAGAGCCCUCCAUCAGAUGAUCUUACUACUACUGCGCAUCAACUAGCUGUAGUAAGCCCAUCUGAGGUAGUCUGCCCACGAGAUCAGUAUUCAUGGAACCCAGAUCAUCAAGAAGGAAUGGCCACACAAGGGUUGCUUCAAGAUGUGGUGCCAUUCAUGAUUAGAAAUCCUCCCAUCAAUAAUAUUAAUAAUGUCGCAUCCUCAAACUCCUCUUCUUGCUCCUCUUACCGCUCACCUACUCCAAGUAGUACCUCACCUUCUAAUUCUCUGUCUUGGUGUGCUGCUUAUUCUGCUACGUGUUUUGAUAUAGGCUUCUAGCUAGCUAGCUAGGCAUAUUAGGUGUAUGCAUGGGUCGAAAUUAACCCAAUAUUAAACCUUUCUGCA